AUGGUUUAUUCGAUAUACACAUAUGACGUGCUUGGCGCUUUUGUCAUUAUUUUUGGAUUAGAUUUAUCCUCCUUGUAUAUCAACUGUGGUGGAAAAGGACUGUCGGUUGGAGAUAAGACAUAUGAAAGUGACUUGGACACAGAUGGUGCUUCACAUUCUUCUUUUACCGACAAUAGAUGGGGAUUUAGCAAUACUGGUCAUUUCUUGGAUGAUGAUCAGAGUGACAGUUAUAUUCGAACGAGCACUUUGGGCGUCCCAGUGAACAACUCUGAAUUGUACAUGAGUGCACGAUCGUCAGCCUUAUCUUUGACAUAUUAUGUUUACUGCAUGAUUAGUGGAAGUUACAAUGUAAGCCUUCACUUUGCUGAGAUCGUUUUUACUGAUGAUAAUACAUAUAGCAGCCUUGGGAGGCGUGUAUUUGAUAUCUAUAUUCAGGGUGUGCUGGUGGAGAAGGAUUUUGACAUCAGUGAUAAAGCAGGUGGAGAGAGGAAAGCAAUUGUGAGAACUUAUACUGUCAAUGUUACACGUACAUUGGAAAUCCGGCUAUAUUGGGCAGGGAAAGGAACAAUCAACAUCCCAUCUCGAGGAGUAUAUGGUCCUCUUAUUUCAGCUAUUUCUGUGGAUCCAAAUUUCCGGGUUCCCCAAAAAGAGAGAUCUUCGCAGAAAAAUGGAAACAACAUGUCUGUAGGGACUGUGGCUGGAAUUGUGGUUGGAGCAGUUUUCUUGAUCAUGCUAAUUCUAGGAGUUCUAUGGUGGCAGGGCUAUCUACGACGCAGAGAUGCUAAUGAGCUAGACCUGAGUGGCCUAGAGCUUAACACUGGUUCAUUUACAUUAAGGCAAAUCAAAACUGCAACAAACAAUUUCGAUGAUGCUAAUAAGAUUGGAGAAGGUGGUUUUGGCUCUGUUUACAAGGGGGUACUACCAGAUGGCACCUUAAUAGCUGUGAAGCAGCUUUCCUCCAAAUCAAGGCAGGGGAACAGGGAGUUCCUAAAUGAAUUAGGCAUGAUAUCUGCUUUGCAACACCCGAAUCUAGUGAAGCUGCACGGAUGUUGUAUUGAAGGAAAUCAGCUGUUGCUAGCAUAUGAAUACUUGGAAAAUAACAGUCUUGCCCGUGCUUUAUUCGGGCCCAAAGAAUGUCAACUGGAACUUGAUUGGCCAACAAGAUACAGGAUUUGCAUUGGUAUAGCAAGUGGGUUAGCUUUUCUACAUGAAGAAUCAAGAUUGAAGAUUGUGCACAGAGACAUCAAAGCCACUAAUGUCCUGCUUGAUAAGAAUCUAGAUGCCAAGAUAUCAGAUUUUGGUUUGGCUAAGCUUGAUGAAGAAGACGACACCCAUAUAAGCACCCGGGUUGCUGGAACUUAUGGAUAUAUGGCCCCAGAAUACGCACUGCGUGGUUACCUAACGGAUAAAGCAGAUGUAUAUAGCUAUGGCAUUGUACUGUUAGAGAUUGUGAGCGGGAUGGCUAACAGUGUUGACAGGACAAAGGAGAAUCAUUUUAUUCUUCUUGAUCGGGCCAUUGCUUUGAAAAACACGGAUAAUUUGAUGGAGCUAGCUGACUCGAGGCUGGAUUUAGAAUAUGACGUCCAAGAGAUGAUGGUGGUUAUAAAUCUAGCUCUAGUGUGCACUACAAUCUCACCAACUGAUAGGCCAUCCAUGUCAUCUGUGGUUAGCAUGCUAGAAGGAAGAAUAGUUCCUCAAGCAUUUGUACUUAAACAUAGUGCCUCAUUGACUGACAUGGAACGCGAGAAAAUGAUGAAACAGCUUGAAAAUAUGAACGAGAGCCAAAUCGAGGAAAUUUCAGUCCCGUAUACUGCUUCCUCUGUGGCAUCUGCUGAUCUCUAUCCAGUUGAGCGUUUCAGCAAGUAUAUGCAAAAGAGAGACAUUCAAUGA